UGCGGUAAGUACGGGAGCAGAUAGUGCGCCCUGCUUAACCAGCAAGGAACAAAUUCCAAAUUACAAAAUAACUUCGAAAUCAUGGGACCAGUCGUUAUGCACUGCAAUCAAGCUGUUUUCAUCGGUUGUUUUUUUCUUCUAAAUUCGUAAUUUUUUUGUUUGCCUUAGCCUUGUUAAUUUACUUAGGAGCGUUUGUUGCUACGUUUGUUUUUGUGUUUCGACCUGAGGUAUAGUGCGGGCGUGGUGGGUUGAUGUAACAUAUAGGUUUCCCCCACAUCAUGUCGUACUUUACGCUCGGUUUGAGUUGAUAGCACAGACGUCCGACUCUUCGCUGUUGCGACAACUUCGUACAAUUCGGGCGCAUCGCACUGGUGUUUAACUCGACAUCAUGGCGGAGCAUUGUGCCGUGUUAGAGGAGGGCAAUUUAGAAGGAGAACUGUAUUCUGAUGUAGACGAGGGAGAAGAAGACGGUUUGGACUUCGGCGAUGAUCUGGAACUUAAUCAAUUCGAUGGACUGCCGUACUCUUCUCGAUAUUACAAGUUACUCAAGGAGAGGAAGACGCUCUCGGUGUGGAAAGCCAGAUGUGAAUUCAUGGACACUUUGGUCAAGAACCAACUCGUUAUAGUGUCUGGCUCUGUUAAAACGGGGAAAAGCUCUCAGAUACCCCAAUGGUGUGCGGAGUUCUGCCUGUCGCUGCAGUACCAGCACGGCGGGGUGGUGUGCUCUCAGAUCCACAGGCAGCAGGCCGUGGACCUGGCGCUCCGCGUGGCUGACGAGAUGGACGUAAACAUCGGCCACGAGGUGGGCUACAGCAUCCCGCUGGAGACCUGCUGCUCCAGCGACACCGUGCUCAGGUACUGCACUGAUGACGUCCUGCUCAGAGAGAUGAUGUCAGACCCCCUGCUGGAGCGGUACGGCGUCAUCGUCAUCGACCAGGCCCACGAGCGGACGGCCAGCACGGACGUGCUGCUGGGCCUACUCCGGAACGUUCUGCUGCAGCGGCCAGAGCUGCGGGCGGUGGUGCUGACCGCCUCGCGCCGGCCCGACCGCCUGCUCGCCCACUUCAGCGGCGGCGGCAGCACCAUCCCGCUGAUCCGCCUGGAGCACCCCUGCCCGGCCGAGGUGGUGUUCAGCAGCAGCGCACACCGGGACUACUUUUACUCUGCUCUGCGCCUGGUGCUGGAGAUCCACCGCACCAAGGAGAAAGGGGACAUCGUGGUGUUCCUGGCCUCGGCACAGGAGAUCGACUGCGCUUACGACAUCUUGCGAAAGGAGGGGGCGAGCCUGAGCGCAGAGCUGGGGGAGCUGGUGCCUCUGGCCCUGUGCCCCCCCCAGGGCGGGGGGCUGCCCAUUCUUGGGGAGGAGCAGGGCAGGAGCAGGCGGGUCUUCCUCACGUCCAGUCAGGGAGAGAACAUGUUCUGGGCCGUGGACACCGUCAACUUCAUCAUCGACACAGGGAUGGAGAAGAAAUAUGUUUACAAUCCUCGGAUCAGGGCGAAUUCUGUAGUGGUGCGAUCCAUCAGCAGAAGCCAGGCUGAGGUCCGCAGGGAGCUCAUGAGCUCAACGGGCAAGUGUUUCUGCCUGUACUCGGAGGAGACGCAGUUGCCUAGUGACACUCCCCCUCAGCUCCUCGAGUCCAACAUCACGCCCACCGUGCUCUUCCUGAAGCGCAUGGAGAUCGCUGGCCUGGGGCACUGCAACUUCAUCGACAGACCAGAUCCCGAAGGCCUCAUGCAGGCUCUGGAGGAGCUGGACUACCUCGCGGCCUUGGACAACGACGGGAACCUGUCGGAGAUCGGAAUCAUCAUGUCCGAGUUCCCUCUGGACCCGCAGAUGGCCAAGGCCCUGCUGGCGGCCUGCGAGUUCGACUGCGUGAGCGAGGUGGUGACCAUCGCAGCGAUGUUGACAGCGCCCAGCUGCUUCCUGGAGCCACCUGCCGGCAUGAGACAGGAGGCAGCGCAGUGCCACAUGAAGUUCCAGCACCCGGAGGGGGACCACUUCACCCUGAUCAACAUCUACAACGCUUACAAGCAGAGCCAGCGCGAGCCAUACUUCAGUCUUGAGAAGUGGUGCCAGGACUACUUCCUGAGCUACCCUGCUCUGCAGGUGGCCGACGCCAUCAGGGCCGAGCUCUCGGACAUCCUAAGGAGGAUCGAGCUGCCCAUCUCGGAGCCCGCCUUCGGAACGAAGACCAACACUCUCAACAUCAAGAGAGCGCUGCUGGCCGGGUACUUCAUGCAGAUCGCCAGAGACGUGGACGGAUCAGGUAAUUACUUCAUGCUGACACACAAGCACGUGGCUCAGGUUCACCACCUCUCCAGCUACGGGAGCAGGGCGCACAAGCUAGGCCUGCCGGAGUGGGUGCUGUUCCACGAGUACACCCUCUCCGAGAACAACUGCAUCCGGACCAUCUCCCAGAUAUCCCCAGAGGUGUUUAUUCAGAUGGCUCCACAGUACUUCUUCUACAACCUGCCCACUAGCGAGAGCAAAGACAUGCUGCAGGACAUCCUGGACCACGACGGACCAGCGCAUCGCAAGGAAAAAAAACAGAGGACGCAAACGAUUAGCAGCGAGCCGCACCAAGACUGCCAAGCCAGCCAGUCUUAUGAGAGGUGCGUCCUGCAGUGACCACGGCAGUCAGCGAGCUGGCGUAUUCAUAGACUCUGCACCGUACCCGUGAUCCAGAGGCCAUUGCUAUCGCUUUACUGACGCGCGGUACCAAUCCCCAGCUUAGGCCAACUGCAGAAGCAGACUGCUUUUUUUUGAUGCUCAAAGCUCAGAAGCACGCAGUCUAGACGGGGAGGUCAGCGUAAAAGAGCUGUUAGCACCUUACUUUUGUUCAGAUGGUUAUGAUGAAGACACCCAGUUUACAGGACUUGAAACACAUGAAAUACAUGAGCACUGGGAUUUGUGCGUGCCAGAAAAUUCCAUUUG